AUGGGGCUGACCUUGGCCGAGUACAUUCGCCUGAAGCGGCAGGGUCUCAUCGAGGACGACGUCAAGCCCAAGACGAGGUCAAAGGUCAAGCCACAAGCGAAUACCCAGGGGAAGAGACAGAGGCAACCCAAGAGAAAGAGACAACCCAAGAGACAGAGAUACCCCAGAGAAUCGAACGAUAAAAACGGAAGAAACCAACCCGGAGAUAACGGGAAAAAACAACAACAACACAAUAACACGAAGAAGCCAAAGAAGCCAAAGAAGCCACGAGAGGAGAGAUUCGACGACUUCUUGGCUUGGCUGACGAGCGGGAGCAAGCAGGACAUGGGUAGGGCGGGUGAAAUCCUCAUAAGCGAUGACUCCGAUGAUGAUGAUUGA